UGUCUGUCACAUAGCUAAAAUAUUUUAAAGUAUAUGGUAUACAGAAACUCUCCCAAUGUGUGACGAGGGAGAGGAAAGCGACAGCGGCGAGAGGGGGCACCUCUCCGAGUCUCCCUCUUCGCCCCUCUCUCUCAGACUUCCCCGAGGAUCUCCCUCCUCUUCGCGGCCCCUGGACCUGUUCUCAUCCGCCUCUCCGCUGCUUGGGGACACAGACCCACCUUACCUCGCCUCUCCGGAGUGUCUUCACCCGUCUCCAGAGUACCAGGAAGUCGGGGAUUCCACACACUUCACACCGCCAAAGUUCCACCACCGCACCGGGGACACCGGCUCUCCGCUUCUUUCGUUGCCGGGUGUGCAUGUAGACGCGGUCUACGACCAGUAUGAUGACCCGUUUCCCAAGUGUAGGGUACGAGGAGCGGCGACCGCUGAGCGCUUUCAGCACCGCGGACAGAGACUGCACCGGGCUCCGGAGCUGUCGGACUACGGGAACCACUACUCUGUUGAGCACAUAGACACCGAGUUCAACUCUGAAACCAGGCAAACGGUGGAAGCCAUGCAUCGCCGGCAUACGACGCUGAGGGAGAAGGGGCGUCGCCAGGCAGUGCGGGGCCCAGCAUAUAUGUUCAAUGAGCGGGGCUCGCCCCUCACUGCAGAGGAGGAGCGUUUUCUGGAUGCUGCUGAAUAUGGAAACAUUCCUGUGGUCCGCAAGAUGCUGGAAGAGUCCAAAACCCUUAACUUUAAUUGUGUGGACUACAUGGGCCAGAAUGCUUUGCAGCUCGCAGUGGGUAACGAGCACCUAGAAGUGACAGAGUUGCUGCUAAAGAAGGAUGGUUUGGCUAGGAUUGGUGAUGGCCUCCUUUUGGCCAUCUCAAAAGGUUAUGUUAGAAUUGUUGAAGCCAUUCUUGCGCAUCCUGCUUUUGGCGGAGGUCUGCGGCUGGCUUUAAGCACGCUGGAGCAGGAGAUGCGUGAUGAUGACUUUUACGCCUAUGAUGAAGACGGAACACGUUUUUCGCAUGACAUCACCCCCAUUGUCCUGGCUGCUCACUGCCAGGAGUACGAGAUUGUCCACAUCCUUUUGACAAAGGGGGCCCGCAUUGAAAGGCCUCAUGACUAUUUCUGUAAAUGUUCAGAGUGUGUGGAGAAACAGAAGAAAGACUCCUUCAGCCACUCACGCUCCAGGAUGAAUGCAUAUAAGGCCCUGGCCAGUGCAGCUUACCUGUCACUCAGCAGUGAAGACCCUGUGCUCACUGCCCUCGAGCUCAGCAACGAACUGGCGAGACUGGCCAAUAUUGAGACAGAAUUUAAGAAUGACUACCGUAAGCUGUCCAUGCAGUGUAAGGAUUUUGUGGUGGGUGUGUUGGACCUUUGUCGGGACACAGAGGAAGUUGAGGCGAUUUUGAAUGGCGAUGUGGAUCAGUGCCCACCGAGUCCCUACAACCGUCCCUGCCUCAGCCGUGUCAAACUGGCCAUCAAGUAUGAAGUCAAGAAGUUUGUUGCUCAUCCCAACUGCCAGCAGCAGCUGCUGACUAUCUGGUAUGAGAACCUGCCUGGCCUGAGACAGCAGUCCAUUGGUGUGAAGUGCUGGACAGUGCUAGGAGUAACUGUAGGCCUCCCAUUCCUGGCUAUUGCCUACUGGAUAAUGCCAUGUAGCAAGCUUGGUCAGAUCCUGCGAAGCCCCUUCAUGAAGUUUGUGGCUCAUGCUGUAUCCUUCACCAUCUUCCUGGGUCUGCUUGUCGUCAAUGCUUCCGACCGCUUUGAGGGUGUAAAAAACCUUCCCAACGAGACCAUCACAGACCAUCCGCGACAGGUGUUCAGGGUCAAAACCACCCAGUUCUCCUGGACAGAGAUGUUGAUCAUGAAAUGGGUAUUGGGCAUGAUUUGGUCAGAGUGUAAGGAGAUCUGGAGUGAUGGACCCAGGGAGUACAUCAUGCAUCUUUGGAAUGUUCUGGAUUUUGGUAUGUUAUCCAUCUUUGUGGCAUCCUUCACGGCACGCUUCAUGGCUUUCCUGAAGGCAUCCAAAGCCCAGCAGUAUGUGGACAUGCAUGUGCCAGACGAAGACCUCAGCAACGCCUCGCUGCCUGAUGAAGUGGCUUAUUUCACUUUUGCCAGAAACAAGUGGCGCCCAUCAGACCCUCAGAUCAUCUCAGAAGGCCUGUACGCCAUCGCCGUGGUUCUGAGCUUCUCUCGCAUCGCCUACAUCCUGCCAGCCAAUGAGAGCUUUGGCCCCCUGCAGAUCUCACUGGGGCGCACAGUCAAGGACAUCUUCAAGUUCAUGGUCAUUUUCAUCAUGGUGUUUGUGGCCUUCAUGAUUGGCAUGUUCAACCUAUACUCAUAUUACCUCGGAGCCAAGUACAACCCUGCCUUCACCACGGUAGAGGAGAGUUUCAAGACUCUCUUCUGGUCAAUCUUCGGGUUGUCUGAAGUGAUCUCGGUGGUGCUGAAAUAUGACCAUAAGUUCAUAGAGAACAUUGGCUACGUGCUGUAUGGAGUCUAUAAUGUCACAAUGGUGGUAGUUCUUCUCAACAUGCUUAUUGCCAUGAUCAACAGCUCUUACCAGGAGAUAGAGGAGGAUGCCGAUGUGGAGUGGAAGUUUGCCCGAGCUAAGCUGUGGCUCUCCUACUUUGAUGAGGGACGCACUUUGCCAGCCCCCUUUAACCUUGUUCCCAGCCCUAAGUCCUUCUACUAUUUGGUCCUAAGGAUCAAGUCCUGUUUGAUUCACCUCUGCAAGGUCAACGGCCAUCACCAUAAUGAGUUGGAGAUGGGCAUGCUCAACUCCCAGGCCAAGGUCAAUGAUGAACACUUCAGGCCUUAUGCACGGCCAGGAGAAGAGUUCACCCAAAAGAAAUCUAGAAAACACCCCACCAGGUACCAGAAGAUCAUGAAGCGCCUGAUUAAGCGGUAUGUGCUUAAGGCUCAAGUGGACAGAGAGAGUGAUGAAGUUAAUGAAGGCGAGUUGAAGGAGAUCAAGCAAGACAUUUCCAGCCUCCGCUAUGAACUCCUGGAGGAGAAGUCCCAGGCCGCAGGCGAGCUGGCUCUGCUCAUCCAGCAACUUGGCGACAAGUUUGGCAAGAACACCAUGAGACACUGAGAGAACUUACAAGAAAGGGGAGAGGAGAA